AUGCGUUCCGAUCACAGUCUCGACAACGCGCCGCCCAGAGAUUCCGCAUCCAACUCCUCACAGCAAACGUCCGCACCAUCUAGUUCAGCCGAAGCUUUGGCGCGAUCCGACCGUGCUUCGUCUUCAUCUUCAAAGGAUAGUCACGCAGCACCUGUGACAGCUCGCAGACCGGCACCGUCCCCUGCGCAGAGUCCAGAGCCCGCAUCGAUCUCUCGCUUCUCCGGAUCACUCGCGACGGCAGCAGCAGAGCUGAAACGAUCCUCCGCUUACAAGAGGGCUCGCACCGUCAGCCCCAUCAUCGACGAGAACAGCAGCGACGUCGAGAACGAAAGCAGGUCGUCUCCCUUCUCACAGCCCUCAAGCGAAUCUGGCGAACCCGACAACACCGAAGUCACCUCCACGCAGCCUACCCCGCUCCGACAGAGCAUCUCAUCGGCUGACAUUCUGCAUCCUCCGCACGUCAUGUCCAGAUCCGACCAGAAUAUCGAAGGCCUUAUGACCGAACAAUCCCUCAGCCUCGAUGAUGGAACGGGAGCCGCGCCUGUCAUCAUUAAGACGGUUGACGCGAUAGUGGACGACGAGCCACCGUCGUAUACGGAAGCGAUCGAGCCGGCACCAGCCUCGACUCACCAGUCUAUCGACACCACGCCGACAAGACCGACGGGACAACAGCAGCUCGAUCGCAUUCGACCAAUGAAGAACCUCCCCCUACAUGCUGGCGACACUUGGUAUCUGAUCAGUCGCAAGUGGUACCGUCGCUGGGACGCAGCUUGCUCUGAGCGUCGAGAUUCGGAUCCUGCCGAGAAGGUAGAUGUACCCAUCGGCACCAUCGACAACUCGGACUUGCUCGAUCCAGAUUCGACUCCUGCACUGCCCCGCCUCAGGCCAGGCAUCAACGAGCACAUCGACUACGAGAUGCUGCCCGAAGAAGGCUGGUCCCUCCUCGUCCAGUGGUACGGUAGCAGCGGUCCGGUCUUUGCUCGCAACGUGAUUGACGGCCUCAAUGCGGGUCAGGAAAGUGUCGAGUUCUAUCCGCCCGUCAUCCGUCUUCUGAAGCUCGUUCACGACGUCAGCGUACAGGGUUCUGGUGUGGCAUCCUUCAGCUUGUCGGUUAGUGCAAGCGUGGCCGAGCUCAAGGCGAAGGCAAAGUCAGCGCUAAAUCUCGGCUCCAUUGCCGACGUCGACAUCAGAUUGUACUUUUUGCCUGAACCGACGGAUCAGGAGCUACAGAACGGCCUCGUUAGCUCGGCUCGAGUAACGGAAGAGGGUGUCGACAUUGUUGACGCUGGCGAAGACAAGCCCGACAGUUAUCAACCCAAUACAACACUGAAGUCAGUCGGGAUCGAAGAGAUCGAGAUCAAUCUCGUCGUAGAAACGCGCCAAUCAGGACGCUGGCAAACGGAUCCUGCACCUACAGACAACGCUGCCUCCUCGUCGGUGAAAGGGAUAUUCGCACAACAAGGAGACUUUUUCAGCAACCUUCAGCAGAACAAUGCCACGGCCGGUGCCAGCGCAGCGUCAGGCACCGCCGCUGAAGCGCAAGGGCGGGUCACCAGGUCGCAGACUGCCGUCGAUCGUACCAUGGGCAGGUCACGCGGAUUGCGCGGCCUCAACAAUCUCGGCAACACCUGCUUCAUGAACAGCGCGCUGCAAUGCCUCAGCAACACGUACGAGCUGCAGCAGUACUUUGUCUCGGGCGCGUACAAGGAGGAGCUCAACACGGACAAUCCGUUGGGCAUGGGAGGCGCCAUCGCGGAUGCAUUUGGCAAUCUCAUCACCAACAUCUGGAACGGGCAAGGUGGCUCCUUUUGGCCACGUGAAUUCAAGUUUGCCCUCUCUCGCUUCGCACCGCAGUUCAGCGGUUAUGCGCAGCACGAUAGUCAGGAGUUGCUUGCUUUCCUCCUGGACGGCUUGCACGAGGACCUCAACCGCAUCCUGAAAAAGCCGUACAUCGAGGCACCAGAUUGGGAAGGAGGCGACGAGAAGGACCUGGUCGCAUUUGCCAAACGCCAGUGGGACAUCUACAAGGCGCGAAACGAUUCGGUCAUCGUCGACCUCUUCCAAGGACAGUACCGCAGCACACUGGUAUGCCCCGAGUGCAGCAAGGUCUCGAUCAAGUUUGAUCCGUUCAUGUACUUGACGCUCCCCAUCCCCAACAAAAAGAUGUGGAAAGGACAGAUCUACUUUGUUCCGCUCGAUGCGAGUCAGCCCAUGCACAAAUUCCAGGUGCAGCUGCCAGCAGGUACCACGGUCGGCAAGCUGCGACAAAAGGUAGCAGCUCAGUUCGGCAUCGAGACCAAGCGUCUCGUAUGUGGAGAGGUGUGGCACCAUCGCGUCUACAAGUGGUUCGACGACUACGAACCCCUAGUCGACAUCAAGGACGGCGACUUUGUCUACUUUUGGGAGGUGGCUGCACCACCUCGCUUGUCCAAGCAGCGGCAGUUCCGAUAUCAUCGAUCGGUCGAGGACGCUGAGGAUGCGCUCGAUAUUCCGGAGCAGGAGUACGCAGUUCUGCCCGUCUUUACAAACGUCGCCAGCGACACCUCGGGCCCGUCGUCGAGCCAAGCGUUUGUCAGUCGUCGAGCACGGUCAGAGGCCAUCGGCAUUCCCUUCUUCAUUUCCGUGCCCAAGGCCGACGUCAACGAUGCCGACGCCAUUCGCGAGCAUGUGUUGCAAGGUUUCUCACGCUUUGCAGGCGUGCCAGAGGAACUGCGUCAAGCUGUCGAGCACGAUCGAACGGCCGCUGCUCCUUCAGCUCUGCCGCCAUCUACAUCGCAGAUUUCGGAUUGGGAGAUGGUGGACGACUCGGCGGCUGGCAAUGACGACGCAAUUCAGGUCGUCGCACCAAGCCAAAUGGCGGACAGCGAUCUUGUCACCGAAAUUCGGGAGGAUGGCGAAGCGGUAGUGGUGCCUGAUGUCAGCACAGUCGAUGCCGAUGUUUCUUCUCCGUCCGUCGCUCCAUUGAACGAAUUCAAAGCUCCGACGCCGAGCAGUCCGGCUUUGCGCAUCCGCUUCAGUAUUGCCGAACUCGGUCAAGGCUUGCCAAAGGGAAGCGAAAGCAACGCAGACAACCUCUCCGAAGAUCUCGAAGAACGCCAUGCUCGUCUCGCAAAGCGCAGCGCAUCGGCUGCCUCGUCGUUGGGCGGAGAAGAACCGAUGAAGGUCGAGGCUGACGAGCUGGAGGCAGAGGAUGAGUCGAAAACCACGUCCACUGACAAGGCUGUCCCGCUCGUAUACACCGGCGGCGCCAUCGUGUGCACAUGGUCGCAUUCCGUCAAGGCGCGUGGCCUGCUUGUCGAUUCCGACUCGGCCCAGCUGUGGGGCGACUACGAAGAGACGGUGGACGAGGCAAUCCGUCAGCGCGAGAACGCCGGACCGGCUCGACCCAAGACGCUGUCGAUCGAAGACUGCAUGGACGAAUUUACGCGCGAAGAGCAGCUAGGCGAGGACGAUCCGUGGUACUGUCCCCCAUGCAAAGAGUUCCGUCAGGCCACCAAGAAAUUCGACCUGUGGAAGGCGCCCGACAUUCUGGUGGUGCAUCUCAAGCGCUUCAGUGCCGGAAGGCAUUCGCGCGACAAGCUCAACAUGUUGGUGGAUUUCCCCUUGGAAGGGCUUGAUCUUACGGAUCGGGUGGAGGGCACUCAGGCGCUUCGGAGGGUGCAGGAGGAAGCCAAGGAGAGCGGAGAGGAGCUGUCGGAGAGCAUGCUCGGGUCGGGCAUCCUGAGGCCGUUGGAGGACAACGACGACGCCGUCGCCGUGGAUCGUCCCAUCUACGAUCUGUACGCGGUUGACAACCACUUCGGCGGACUCGGAGGAGGACACUACACCGCUUUCGCAAAGAGCCCCGCCGACGGCAAGUGGUACGAGUUUGACGAUUCGAGCGUUAGGCCCGUGGCCAAUUCCGAGGCGGUCAAGAGCUCGUCCGCAUACCUGCUCUUCUAUCGUCGCCGCACAACACGACCGAUCGGAGGCAAAUCCAGGCAAAAGUUCCAGGAAGCCGCCAAGACCCGCGCUACCGGUGCAGGUCAAGAGCCAGCUGCAGACGAUGCAGCACCGGAGGCUGGACCGUCGACUGCUACGGGAGACUACUCGAGCGAUUCGUUGAGCGACGACACUCCGGACUGGUCGCUCAACAUGCGUAGCGGUGCCGACGAUAGCCUGGUCGAGCCCGCGACGGGGUGGUCGAGCACCGGCAAUUCGCCAGCUUCUUCUAGUCGUGCGCCGAGUCCCAUCAGCGACCGUGGUCUCGAUUCACCCUGA